AUUUACUUUACAGAAUUUGCUUAGCAAACCCAAAGAGAAAAAGAAAAGAAAAAGAAAAACCAAUCAUGAGAGCACUACUUCAACUUGGUAUUCUUAGUAUUUUAGCCUUUCUGUCUCUAAUUUUUCUUUUGUCCAUCAAUCCCAGUGAUGAAGACAAUAAUGGAGUUGUUCAAGAAGAUAUAGGAGUGUGGGUGAGGAAGAACCAUCUUUUGUUGCCAUCUUUGCAGUGGAAGCAUGUUACUCCUCCCUCGCCCAACUCCGGGACCAACUCAAUUGGUCAAGUAGAUGAAAAGAAUUUCGUGGGUUUGAAGCCCAAAACGAAACAUCUUUUGCUACCAUCUCUGCAGACGGGCGGUGUUCCUCCGCCCGUACCCAAUCCUGGAAGCAACAUAGUCCCCCCUCCACUUAAUGAAAAGAAUUUCGUGGGUUUGAAGCACAAAAAGAAACAACUUUUGCUACCAUCCCUACAGACGGGCCGUGUUCCUACUCCAGGACCCAAUCCUGGAGGCAACAAUGCAGUCCCCCCUACACUUAAUGAAAAGAAUUUUGCGGGUUUGAAGCACAAAAAGGAACAUCUUUUGCUACCAUCCCUACAGACGGGCGGUGUUUCUCCUCCGGGACCCAAUCCUGGAGGUAACAAUGCAGUCCCCCCUACACUUAAUGAAAAGAAUUUCGCGGGUUUGAAGCCCAAAAAGAAACAUCUUUUGCUACCAUCCCUACAAACUCGCAGUGUUCCUCCUCCAGUACCCAAUCCUGGAAGCAACACAGUCCCCCCUACACUUAAUGAAAAGAAUUUUGCUGGUCCAAAGUCAAGAAACCAACAUGUUUUACUACCAUCCUUAGCAAAUGGCCUUAUUCCUCCUCCAUCACCCAACCCCGCAGGAAACUCAAUUAGCCCUACAGUUAAGGAAAAGAGCUUUGCAGGUUUGAAGUCCAAAAAGAAACAUCUUUUACUACCAUCCCUGAUAAGGGAAACAGUCACACCUGCAAGAACAAACCCUAGCCAAAGAAAGAACUUUGUAGCAAGGAAAAUGGCUAAUGGUCAUCCUCCACUGGCUACAUAUAUCUUGAAAGGCUACCUGCUAAGUUAAUGGUAUUACACAAGGA